AUGGAGGAUCUUCCUGACGAUCUAAGAUUAGAAAUUUUGUCCCGUCUUCCCCCUGAGCCACUUUUGAACCGCAAACUUGUUUGUAAAACUUGGCAAAGUCUCUUAUCUCAUCAAAAAGUGGGUCUUCUAUUUUUGAUUCGGUCUGACAGAGAAACAAACCUUAAACACUACUAUGGAGAUUAUGAUGAGAUUUUUAGUAGAAGUAGUACUGAUGAGGAGUUUUCAUUCAAAAGUCUUACGAAGAUCAAACAUCCUGAAAUUAAUCGGCGACAGAUCCAUUCAUUCCUAGAUCACAUUGUUGGUUCUUGCAAUGGUUUGGUUUGUAUGCGUGUACCCCAUCACCAAGUCAAUGAUCCUGUCUACAUAUUCAACCCAACCACUAUGGAAUACAUUAAUCUUCCACGGUUGAAAUAUAAAUUUGCUUACGUCGUGAGUGGAUUUGGCUACCACCCUAAGACUAACAAAUACAAGGUCAUUCGAAUCAGUUACCCCGACAGGAUUUACUCCAACACGACCGAUGCCAAAGGAUUCGUCGUCGAGGUAUAUACACUCGGAAGUGGCAUUGGAUGGAGAAGCAUCGGAGAAAUCACCUACCAACUAUACAAGAGGGGUGUUCUUGCCAACGGAUCUUUAAAGGAAAUUGUUGUUACGACAAGAAAACCGAAACUUUAA